AUGGACGAACGAGGCGUGCUGAUGCCGACGGGGAAGUACUGCGUGAAUCACGCGGAGACGGUGCGAAGGAAGACGCGCACGGUGCACGUGGGCAACGUGAAGAUUGGCUCGGAGCACCCAAUCGUGAAGCAGACGAUGACGACGAGCGACACGAGAGACGUCGAGAAGACGGUGGCGGAGGUGAUUCGAUGCGCCGAUGCCGGUGCGGAGAUGGUGCGGAUCACGGUUCAGGGGAUGCAAGAGGCGAAGGCGUGCAAGAUCAUCAAGGAGACGCUCGUGGCGAAGGGAUACGAUACGCCGCUCAUCGCGGAUAUCCACUUCGCGCCGAAGGUGGCGAUGAUGGUGGCUGAAUGCUUCGAUAAGAUUCGCGUGAACCCCGGUAACUUUGCGGAUGGUCGUAAGACGUUUGAAAACAUCCUGUACGAAACGGAUGAAGAGUACAACGCCGAACUCGCGGAGAUUGAAGAAAUCUUCACGCCGCUCGUGUUGAAGUGCAAGGAGCGAGGCGUGGCGAUGCGCAUCGGUACGAACCACGGUUCUUUGUCCGCGCGCACGUUGUCGCGCUUUGGUGACACGCCGAUGGGGAUGGUGGAAUCUGCGUUCGAAUUCGCGCGCAUUUGCCGCAAGCACGAUUACCACAACUUUGUCUUCUCCAUGAAGGCGUCUAACCCUCUCGUCAUGGUGCAAGCGUAUCGCCUGUUGUCCCACGAGAUGUACAAGCUCGGCUGGGACUACCCGCUUCACCUCGGCGUCACCGAAGCCGGCGAAGGCGAAGACGGUCGCAUGAAGUCUUCCAUCGGUAUCGGUGCUCUCUUACUUGACGGUCUCGGAGACACCAUUCGCGUGUCUCUCACCGAAGCAUCCGAGCUCGAAAUCGAGCCGUGCACGCGCUUGGCCAACCUCGGUAUGAAGGCGUGCGCCGAAAACAUCGGUGUCGAGCAAUUCGAGGACUCUGUCCGUGACUUCAAGACCUUCACGCGCAGAACUGGUGAUUUGCCCGAACAAAAGGACUCUGAUGCGAUUGAUUUCCGGAACAUUCUCCACCGCGACGGCUCUGUGCUCGCCGCCGUCACCACGGCGCAACUCGCGUCGGAAGAUGGCUUCUACCGCGAAUUGGGCGCCAAGCUUGCGGUCGGUAUGCCGCUUCGUGAUAUCGCCACCUGUGAUUCCAUCUUGCUCAGCGAAGUUCCCGCCGCGUCCGAAGAGAAGGCGCUCCGAUCUAUCCGUCGCCUCCAAGAAAUCGGCUGCGGCGUUGUCGUGCCGGCUGACCUUCUCCGAGCGACGCCGUUGGAGAACGCCAUCGCCCUCGUCAGCGCCGACGAAGUCGGUGCUCCGUUGCCGGCCGGUGCCGCGCGAAAGGCUGUCACGUUGAACGGCUUCGAGACCGUCGAACAACUCAAGGCUGUCGCAGCGUCUGACGCCGUCAUGGUGCUCAUCAAGACGAAGGAUGGCGAGUCUCGUCUCCACUCUUCUCGCCGCAUCGCCGAAGUGAUGGCGCAAGUCGGUGCGAAGAUGCCGGUCAUUCAUCACAUGUACAUGCCGACCGGCGACAAGUCGGACAUCGUCAUUCAAUCCGGCUCCCAAGUCGGUGGUUUGCUCGUCGACGGCUUUGGCGACGGCGUGUUGAUCCAAUACGCCGGCUCCGACAAGGAUGUCUCAUUGGACUUCCUUCGUACGACCUCGUUCGGUUUGCUCCAAGGCUCUCGUAUGCGUAACACGAAGACGGAGUACGUCUCUUGCCCGUCGUGCGGACGCACCCUCUUCGACUUGCAAGAAGUCACGGCGCAAAUCCAAGAGAAGACUGGACACUUGCCUGGCGUCGCCAUCGCCGUUAUGGGUUGCAUCGUCAACGGUCCGGGUGAGAUGGCGGAUGCGGAUUUCGGUUAUGUUGGUGGUGCUCCGGGUAAGAUUGACUUGUACGUCGGUAAGGAAGUCGUCAAGCGAGGUAUCGCGAUGGAAACUGCGUGUGAUGAACUCAUUCAACUCAUCAAGGACAACGACCGCUGGAUCGAAAAAGAAGUCGAGGAAGCCGUCGCCGCGUGA